UUAAACCUCUUCUGGCACUCUUUUGUUUGAUGAACUGGACACCACCCCUUCAAACGCACGGAUGUUAUAGGUGAAGCAGAUAUAAAUUGGGGACUGUUUCUUAUAAAAUGCAUGAGUUGGAUUAUUUGUGAGAGCUUAUUACAGGGCUGUAUCUAGGCGAACAAUUUGUGCUGCUCAUUCCAGUGGGCAGAAACAGCUGGAUCAAAUUCUAUUUUGUAUUUCUGAGCAACCACUACAAGCAACUUCUUCUGAACACAAAAUGGAUUGGAUGGAUCCUUUUUCUGUGUUGUUGCUGUUUGCCCUAACUCUUGCAUUCGUUUGGAAAAUGAGCAAUUUCUGGAACAGCAAUAGCCACAAACUUCCACCAGGACCAAUGGCACUACCACUCAUUGGAAGUCUCCACCUUCUAGAUCUGGAGAGGCCGUACAGGACCAUGCUAAAGUUCUCGAAACAGUACGGCCCGGUCUACCGCAUCAAACUAGGACAGCAGAAAUUGGUAGUUCUGGCAGGCUACGAGAUGAUGAAGGAGGCGUUGGUGAACCAGGGAGAUGCCUUUGUGGACAGGCCCUUUAUCCAACUAUUUGAAGACUUUCAACAUGGCCACGGAAUUGUUUUUUCUAACGGUGAGUCUUGGAAAGUGAUGCGGCGGUUUGCGAUUACCACGUUACGGGACUACGGAAUGGGCAGGAAGGGCAUAGAAGACAGAAUUGCUGAGGAGUGCAAUUUCCUGCUGCAAAAGUUUGAAUCUUUCGAUGGGAAACCAUUUGAGACAACUACAAUCAUGAAUUCUGCUGUUGCCAAUAUUGUAGUGUCCAUAUUACUUGGCAAGCGAUUUGAAUAUGGAGAUCCCACAUAUACAAAAUUAGUGAACAUGAUUACUGAAAACACCCGGCUUGCAGGAACUCCCUCAAUCCAGCUGUACAACAUGUUUCCCAGUCUGGGCUUUCUUGUUGGUGGUGUCAAGACUGUCCUUGCCAACCAGAAGGAAAUGUACGCCUUCAUACAGGACACCUUCAUAGAGCACCUCAAAGAACUGGAUGAGAAUGACCAAAGAAGCUUUAUUGAUGCUUUUCUAAUCAAACAGCAAGAGGAGAAGACCAAGAACCAGAGCAAUGGAUUUUUCCAUAAUGAAAAUUUAAAGGCUGUAGUGAGUGAUUUAUUUGGUGCCGGCACAGAGACGACGUCGACCACCUUGCGUUGGGGCCUCUUGCUGAUGAUGAAGUAUCCUGAGAUUCAGAAGAAAGUGCAAGAAGAAAUAACAAAGGUGAUCGGGUCUGCUCAGCCACGAAUUGAACACCGAGGAAAACUGCCCUACACCGAUGCGGUGGUUCACGAAAUCCAGAGGUUUGCAAAUAUUCUCCCUAUGAGUGUGCCACAUGCCACCAUUGCGGAUGUCACUCUUGGAGGCUACUUCAUCCCAAAGGGAAGUCAUAUCCUCCCCUUACUAUUCUCUGUGCUGUACGAUGAAUCUCAAUGGGAAAAACCAUUUAAAUUCUAUCCUGAGCAUUUCCUUGAUUCCGAAGGAAAGUUUGUCAAGAGAGACGCCUUCCUGCCUUUCUCUGCAGGUCGGCGGAUGUGUGCGGGUGAGACCCUUGCCAAGAUGGAGCUCUUCCUCUUCUUUGCGAGUCUCCUGCAGAGAUUCACUUUCCAGCCAGCCCCUGGGACAUCCAAGGAAGACCUGGACCUCACCCCUGCGGUUGGGUUUGCUACACCUCCGAAGAUCUUCAAUGUCUGUGCUUUGCCACGAUCUUAACAUCCAACCAUGCUUAGCUUCCCUGGAUGCACUAUUUUGGCUGCCAAAGACAUUUCAGACUCAACAGAAAUGAACUGUGCCUAGUCACAAACUUUAGUUUAGUGCAUCAUAUGCCUAUCUGUAAAGCCCACGGAAAGUGGAUCCGAGAUCUAGGUAAUUGGGUUAAAAAUUUGGGCCUCGCUUCUUGAGGUGUUUGCUGCAUACAGAUAAAAUAGUUCUGUGUCUUUGUGAUACUUUAUUGACCCUACGGAUAUCUUUGAAUCAGUUAAAGGAGCAGCAGUGGCGUA